AUGGGAGAAACAGGAGGGCACUCCCCCAUGGGCAGAGCCAACACAGUGCUCGGGGCCAUGGACGAUGCCAACCCCUCAUUGGAAAAGGCCAUGGGUGGUGCUUGCUCUCCCUUGGGCGGCGCCCUCUUAGCGGGGGUUCUUCAUGUUGCAUCAGGCAUUAAAGGAGUCUUUGGGGGAGGUGCCAACAUAGUAGGCGAGGUAGAAGGUCAGGCGGGUAGCGCCCUUGGCGCGGGGAGGCCAGUUCUAGGAGGCAUGCAAGCAAGUUUAGUGGCAUCUUGGGGAGCUUAG